GAACCUGUAUAGCAAACACGUUUAACUGAAUCGAGAAAACAACGACCAACAGUGCAACUACCGCGUCCGUGUAGCCAUUUGACUGCUAGCCCGCUAAGCUAGCGUUGCCAACAACUUUUCAUUCAUUAGUGCGGGUGCACUUUUCUUUGUUGCUAACCACCGGAGUCUUCGUUCUUAUUCACAUUGGCUGCGCAUAAGUGAUGUAUCUUUGUAGUCGUUAGUUUAUGUAAAUAUUUUAGUCACAAAAAACACAAUUUCGUUCAUUUACGUUGAAAUAGUUACUGAUGUGUCGUUUUGAGGAGCUGAAGAGAUUAGCCUGUAUUAUUCCUCCCAAACAUAAUAGCGUUGCAACAACGUCAAAAACACAACAUUAUAGAUUAAAGCACGCUUUCACUUGCUUAUUACGUAAUGUUUAAAACUAUUUCAUGCCACCACUAAUAUUUAUUUUUUUCCGGAUAUUGUGUGUUAGUGUGCAAAUGAUACAUGCUAGCUGAAGAACGUGAAAAGACAAUUACAGAAGAUUAUUAUUCAUACAUUUGAUACCAACUGCCCCAAAACAUCAAUAGAGUAACUGACGGUGCGCAAAUGAAAAUGCAUGGACAGAAUAAUACAUUUAAACUAUAAGAAAUAAUCAAUGACUGUUACCUGAAAUAUUUUUAAUAUAAUGCAAUUAUAAUAAUUUCUCCUAUUAAUCCUAGCAUUCUCGUGUUUCUUUUAUUAUUUUGCAGGUGUAUGACGAGUUACCACAAGCAGCAUGCUUCAACCAGUUAGUUAGUUAGUUGCACUGUAUGUGCAAAUGCUUUAUGUGACACAUGAAAGGACCAAACAACGUCUUUCUAUUUGGGUGUCAGUGUUUAUCAAGACUACUAUUUACAGCAAAUCUUGUUCUUCCUGCCUGACCAUCCAUGAAAUGGUGGUGUUGGUAUUAUUGUUGAUGAACGUGUGAGGAGAAAACCCCGUGGUACGCUCGCUGCACCACACACUUCCUGAUGGAUUCCAGCAAUGAUGAUGCACUUGAUAUCAUCAUCACCAAUGUGGUGGCGACCUUUAGGACUAGGUGUCACCUCAACCUCCGUACCAUUGCAUUAGAAGGAACCAAUGUCAUCUAUAAGCCGGAAGUCGGGAAAGUUCUGAUGAAGCUUCGGAAACCCAAGAUAACGGCAUCAAUUUGGUCCUCAGGGAAAAUCAUCUGCACCGGAGCAACGAGUGAGGACGAUGCGAAAGUGGGUGCUCGUAGGUUAGCACGCUGUCUGCAGAAACUUGGCUUCAAGGUGAGGUUUUCGGCCUUCAAAGUUGUGAAUGUGCUGGCAGUGUGCUCCAUGCCCUUUGCCAUCCAUCUCGUAGACUUCACCAAGAACAACCGACCCAUUGCCAGUUAUGAACCAGAGCUUCAUCCUGCUGCCACAUACAGGAUCAAACAUUUAAAAGCAACAAUACAAGUAUUCUCCACUGGGAGUCUCACAGUUACAGGACCAAAUGUGCAGAAUGUGGCCACAGCUGUGGAGCAAGUCUAUCCACUACUCUUCGAGUGUCAGAAACCCCUGAGGGAAAAACGAAGAGGUGAAUUAAGGAGUCAAGAGUGACGAAGCACCUUAUCUGUAUUUAUUUCCUUGAUUUUCUCACUACAUGGCAACAGUUAAUCUAACACAGUCAGAUCUUUAAAGACUCAUCAACUCAAACCCACCAGUGUUGUUGUGGACUGUGUGGCUCUUGUGAUCUUUUUUUUUUUUUAACAGUGAACAUGCAAAUGUCUUAAUGCAAAAACUGCUUCUCUAAACAACAUUUAGAUGAAAGGAGGUGGAAGCAUUUUGCUCUUGCUCUUUGUCUGCUCAUGGUCAGUUUUGCAUGGACAAAGAAAGACCAGCUCUUACAACUGAGCCAUUCUCAUGCUUAACAGCGGUGACCGUAUCGGUAUGUUUACACUGCUUAGUGUCGCUUUUAACCAUGGAAACAACAAGUCAUCCAAUAUGCCACUGUUUCGAGAAGAGUUUUCCGUCCAUAGCUUAGUUGUAGAGGCGUUAACACAAAUGCAGGAUAUUUCCUGUAUUACCGACAUUUGCUUGAAUCUGAAUCUGGACUGUCUUAAUCAGGAUAUAUCCACAUAUCUGCUCACAAUGUGCAUUCAUCUUUGAUUUGAAUUAUUUUGCACAUUUCCUGUUGUCUUUUAGCUGCAACUCCCUGUAAAUUUGUUUCUCAAAUGUGGCAUCAGGGUGUACUUACCUUAUGUCACUUAAUUUCUUAUCAUUUCCCAAUAGUUUUCAUCCCACAGUAAGCUUUCAAAUAUGAAGCUGGUUUUAAUGUACAGAGUAAGAUUGGUGUCCUAUUUGUUGUCGGGAAAGCUUUUAGAAUAUUUUAUUUUAAAAAGGUGAGUUGCUGAGCCAGCAUUACUUGGGACUUCCUGGUGACUAAUGGCAGCAGUGGCACUGAGAAAGAACAAAAAAAGAAAUUGUUUUCUAAUAUUAUAGGAGGUAUAAAAUGCUUUUACAACACUGUGUAGAUUUUCUCCGUCCAAAUGAGACACUCAAAAUUCAGGGUAGGAAAGGUGUUUGCAACGUGUGCAUUCCUGAGGCAUCCGCUUGUCUUUGUUGGUAUUUAAAAGCAACAUUUAACUACUAUAAGUGUUCAGUGAAAUCCUGUCCGAGUAUGAUGCUGAGCUUAACCAAGAUCUCUUCUCUUACAUGGUGGAAACUGCAAUCCUUGUCAUAACACGGCUGCUUACCCUUGUGCUGAUUAUCCAUAGAGGUAACCUAUGUAUGUAUAUGAAAAUAUGUCUGAAGUAUGUGGGAUGGAGAUUUUUUGAACUAGUGUAAAAUAUGGAUGUGUGCCACUUUUUUGUACUUUGUAUAAAUUAAUAAAGAUUAGUGAUAAAACA